AGCUCUCUAUGCCCACCCACUUCUGCAACAAAACCACCGAACUUUACAUUUAAUUUCUCAUUCUUUUCACUCUUUCCGCAUCGUCAUUUUCGCCACUCUCAACCCCAGUUCCCCUUUUCUUCUCCUUCUCCGUUCCCCCAUUCCUCUUCUCAAUCAGAAGAAGAAGAAGGAGAAAACAACAACAUUUCUUGCACCUAAUUUUCCCAUUUUCAAUUUACCAAGAAAUGAUGAUUCCUGCUCAAUAUCUCACAAAAUCCCCCACCAAUCCUUCUCCUCCUCCUUUUUUAUACCCUUCUCGUCAUCAUUCUAACACUGGAGUUUCCGUCAUCAAAUGUGAAUCUCAAUCCCCACUGGAACUAAAACCCAACAAUUCCCUCAAUAAGACGAAUUUCAAGACCACGACCACAGGUGCGGGUGCUGGUGCUGUGGGCCCUCCUCCGCCGUACCCGGGCGGAGUGGGGCCUUAUACGGGGAGGGAUCCGAACGUCAAGAAACCAGAGUGGCUGCGGCAGAAAGCUCCGCAGGGGAAGAAGUACGAUGAGGUGAGAGAUUCCUUGUCCAGGUUGAAUCUCCACACUGUCUGCGAGGAAGCCCAGUGCCCUAAUAUCGGGGAGUGCUGGAAUGGCGGCGGAGACGGCGUCGCCACCGCCACCAUUAUGCUGUUGGGGGAUACCUGUACCCGGGGCUGUAGAUUCUGCGCUGUCAAGACGAGUAGGAAUCCCCCGCCUCCCGAUCCUAUGGAGCCUUACAACACUGCCAAGGCUAUUGCUAGCUGGGGAGUGGAUUAUAUUGUUCUAACCAGCGUUGAUCGUGACGAUCUACCUGAUGGGGGGAGUGGCCAUUUUGCUGAGACGGUAAAAGCAAUGAAGAUGCUCAAGCCUGAUAUCAUGGUCGAGUGUUUAACUUCCGAUUUUCGGGGUGACCUAGAUGCUGUAUCUGCUCUAGCUCGCUCAGGCUUAGAUGUUUUUGCCCACAACAUUGAGACUGUCAGAAGACUUCAACGUAUUGUUAGAGAUCCCAGGGCUGGAUAUGAACAAAGCUUGUCUGUUUUGAAACAUGCAAAGCUAGCCAAGGAAGGGAUGAUAACUAAAUCUUCAAUUAUGUUGGGACUGGGUGAAACUGAUGAGGAAUUGAAGGAAGCCAUGGCAGACUUGCGUGCUAUAGAUGUCGAUAUUCUGACACUUGGACAGUAUUUACAACCAACUCCGUUACAUCUUACUGUCAAAGAGUACGUCACCCCGGAAAAGUUUACCUUCUGGAAAGAAUAUGGAGAGUCUAUUGGUUUCCGAUAUGUAGCUAGCGGACCCCUGGUUCGAUCAUCGUAUCGAGCUGGGGAGCUGUUUGUGAAGACUAUGGUGAGAGACAGGGCAAGAAGCACAUCUUCCGCAUCUAGUACAUAGUUUUCAUUUGCUUUAGUAGCAGUAGUCUUGGCAAUGGUGGACUUGAAACACGUUAUUUACUUGAUUAGAACUGCUUCUUUGUCUGCAAAUGGGCUAUGACAAAGUGCGCUUUCUGAGAAGUUGGUCAACUUUUGGUGGUUGCAUAUUCAAUUUUGACAGGGUGGACAAAUAUAUAGGUGGAAGUACUUGUAUUUUCCAUUCUUCAUCUAGCAGGUCAUUUGUUUAUUUUUAUUUC